AUGGCGCCAGGCAAGGCAAAUGUCGACAAGAGCACGACGAUUCGCGCGGCGUCCAAGAACAAGCAGCGGUCGCAACCCUCGAAUCGUGCUGCAGCAAGUCCCUUCGGCUCCUCCGCUGGCGGCUCACUCGCCGACUCGCUCUCGUCGCUUUUCUCUCCGCAGCCCCACGGCAAGGAUGCUGCGCUUGCAUCGCUGCUAGCGUCGACCUCGAAGCCACCGACAACUUCCGGGCCCAAGUCAGGCCUUUCUGCUUUCGGAUCCUUCCCGACAGGUCAGUCCUCUGCCUCGUCAAAACCUUCUCCAGCGGGCCCAUCGCAGCUGCUUGACCAGAAAAGCAAGUCCAAGCAGAGCGAUACAAAGGUCAAGGAGUCCGCAUCGUCUGCCAAGCCAGAGGAAAGCGCUCCCAACAAGCUCAAGGGCGACAGCAGCAAGGAUGCGCAGUCUCGUCCCGGUCCCGGUCCCGACAAGCUGCCCAGCAAGCCAGCCGCAUUAAACCAAGCUUCCGCGUCCAAACCUGCAUCCUCCAGCGCAAUCCCAUCACCUAAGCCAGCGAUAACACAAGUGCCGGCAGGGCGCCGACCCGUUUUUCGACCUGUUCUGGCCAGCUCGACGGCCGUAACCUGGCCCGAGAUGCCGGUGGCGGGAUCCAAGACGGUGUUGCAUACGCUACUCGAGACGCUCGCUUCUCCCGAAGUGAAGCAAGCCGUGCUCAAGGACCACGGGCGGAAUUCUCAGGCGCGUUCGUUGCAACCCAAGCGCCAGCUCCAAGCCGCGAGCUCGGCGGCGUCCGUCUCAGCGGCUCCGCAAGCGCUGGCGGGCAUCAACAGCAUCACGCGCGCUCUCGAGGCUGAGAUCCACACCGAGCUUUCAUCCUUGCACGCUGACGCCGCGGAUGGCGCAAAGCAGAAGGGCAAGAGCACUGCGCUAGUGCCGCAGAUCGAGAUCGUUUUUGUCUGUCGACACGACGCCGCAUCGUCGACGCUCAUUGCACAUCUUCCGAUGCUCGUCGCUGCUCGCAAUGCUGUUUCGGCUGCCCAUACCGCUGCCGAUACGACUGACGCUCGGAGUACGCUUCUGUUUGCCCUGCCGGCCGGCUCCGAAGCAUUGCUCGCUCGCGCGCUCGGGCUGCGUCGUGCAUCAGUGGUGGCUCUCACGUCCGCAUUUGCUCCAACGCACCUCAAGCGUCUUCUUGACGCUGUGCAGCGCGAGACUGGCAGCGUGUGUCGGCUGCGUGCCGCUUGGCUCGAAACGGCACUUCGGGCAGCAAAGCCGUCCAAACCAGGUCCACUCGCAUUGCCCCGGCUGCCACCAACGGUCAAGUUGCUCCGCACGACGCAGCCGCUCGAUCUCAAUGCUUCCAAGGCCGCCAACAAGUCGCGCAGGAAGGAACGCUCGGCACGCUGGAAGAAACGCAAGAUGCAGCUCCAGCAGUCCAUCCGCUCCCUCCGUGCCGAACUCAAACACGCAGCAAAGGCAAAGCGUCAGGCCAAAAAGGUGGGCCAGUCAUCCACCGAUUCGCCCAUGCAAAUCGACGCUUGA